CCCGGUUGAAAAGUUGGGGGCGGCCGUUUUGGGCCCUGAUAGGGAGGGGCGUGAGACUUCGACCUAAAAGGCUGUGCUGGCUCUGACUUUGAGGCGUAGCUGGGUGCAGUUGGGGGAAAUGCCCCGGCGGGUAUUUGGCCAGGCCUAACUGGGGGGAGCUGCAGGGCUCGGACGAAGACGUUUUCCGGCUUGAGUUCGCCUUGCGCCAUGGACUGGCAGCCAGACGAGCAAGGCCUCCAGCAGGUCCUUCAGUUGCUCAAAGACUCGCAGUCACCUAACACAGCCACGCAGCGCAUCGUGCAGGAUAAACUCAAACAACUGAACCAAUUUCCUGACUUCAACAACUACCUGAUAUUCGUCCUGACGAGACUCAAGUCGGAAGAUGAGCCGACUCGCUCUCUCAGUGGCCUCAUCCUCAAGAACAAUGUGAAGGCACAUUACCAGAGCUUUCCACCGCCUGUGGCCGACUUCAUCAAACAGGAAUGUCUCAACAACAUUGGCGACGCCUCCUCGCUCAUCCGGGCCACCAUAGGCAUUCUCAUCACCACCAUCGCUUCCAAGGGUGAGCUGCAGAUGUGGCCCGAGCUGCUGCCCCAGCUAUGCAACCUUCUCAACUCGGAGGAUUACAAUACCUGUGAGGGAGCCUUCGGAGCCUUACAGAAGAUCUGUGAGGACUCGUCCGAAUUGCUGGACAGCGAUGCCCUCAACAGGCCCCUCAACAUCAUGAUCCCCAAGUUCCUCCAGUUCUUCAAGCACUGUAGCCCCAAGAUCCGGUCCCAUGCCAUCGCCUGUGUGAAUCAGUUCAUCAUGGACCGGGCCCAGGCGCUGAUGGACAACAUUGACACCUUCAUUGAGCAUUUGUUCGCCCUGGCUGUGGACGAUGACCCUGAGGUGCGGAAGAAUGUGUGCCGUGCACUAGUGAUGCUGCUGGAAGUGCGGAUUGACAGGCUCAUCCCCCACAUGCACAGCAUCAUCCAGUACAUGCUGCAGAGGACCCAAGACCACGAUGAGAACGUGGCCCUCGAGGCCUGUGAGUUCUGGCUGACGCUGGCCGAGCAGCCCAUCUGCAAGGAAGUCCUGGCCUCCCACUUGGUCCAGCUGAUCCCCAUCCUGGUAAAAGGGAUGAAGUACUCGGAAAUCGACAUCAUCCUGCUGAAGGGGGAUGUUGAGGAGGACGAGGCUGUCCCUGACAGUGAACAGGACAUCAAGCCACGCUUCCACAAGUCGCGCACGGUGACGCUGCCCCAUGAGGCCGAGCGGCCCGACGGCUCAGAGGACGCUGAGGACGAUGAUGACGACGAUGCUUUGUCCGACUGGAAUCUGAGGAAGUGCUCAGCGGCUGCACUGGAUGUCCUGGCCAACGUCUUCCGGGAGGAACUGCUGCCCCACUUGCUCCCCCUGCUCAAGGACCUCCUCUUCCACCCCGAGUGGGUGGUCAAGGAGUCAGGCAUCCUGGUGCUGGGUGCCAUUGCUGAGGGCUGCAUGCAGGGCAUGGUGCCCUACUUGCCCGAGCUGAUCCCGCACCUCAUCCAGUGCCUGUCGGACAAGAAGGCCCUGGUCCGCUCCAUUGCCUGCUGGACCCUGAGCCGCUAUGCCCACUGGGUGGUCAGCCAGCCCCCCGACAUGCACCUGAAGCCUCUGAUGACGGAGCUGCUCAAGCGAAUCCUGGAUGGCAACAAGAGGGUACAGGAGGCGGCCUGCAGUGCCUUCGCCACCCUGGAGGAAGAGGCCUGCACGGAGCUCGUGCCUUACCUCAGCUACAUCCUAGACACCCUCGUCUUCGCCUUCGGCAAGUACCAGCACAAGAACCUGCUCAUCCUCUAUGACGCCAUCGGCACCCUGGCUGACUCUGUGGGCCACCACCUCAACCAGCCGGAAUACAUCCAGAAGCUGAUGCCUCCGCUGAUUCAGAAGUGGAACGAACUCAAAGAUGAAGACAAGGAUCUCUUCCCCCUGCUGGAGUGCCUGUCAUCCGUGGCCACUGCCCUGCAGAGCGGCUUCCUGCCCUACUGCGAGCCGGUCUACCAGCGCUGUGUCACCCUGGUGCAGAAGACGCUGGCCCAGGCCAUGAUGUAUACCCAGCACCCUGAGCAGUAUGAGGCCCCUGACAAGGACUUCAUGAUUGUGGCACUAGACCUGCUCAGUGGCCUGGCUGAGGGCCUGGGUGGACACGUGGAGCAACUGGUCGCCCGUAGCAACAUCAUGACACUGCUGUUUCAGUGCAUGCAGGACUCGAUGCCUGAGGUCCGGCAGAGCUCCUUCGCCCUCCUGGGAGACCUCACCAAAGCCUGCUUCAUCCACGUCAAGCCCUGUAUCGCUGAGUUCAUGCCCAUCCUGGGCACCAACCUGAACCCCGAGUUCAUCUCUGUCUGCAACAAUGCCACCUGGGCCAUCGGUGAGAUCUGCAUGCAGAUGGGGGCAGAGAUGCAGCCCUAUGUGCAGAUGGUCCUCAACAAUCUGGUGGAGAUCAUCAACCGGCCCAACACGCCCAAGACGCUGCUGGAAAACACAGGUCGCCUGACGAGUCCCUCUGCCAUUCCAGCCAUCACCAUCGGCCGCCUGGGCUACGUGUGCCCGCAGGAGGUGGCCCCCAUGCUGCAGCAGUUCAUCCGGCCUUGGUGCACGUCCCUCAGGAACAUCAGGGACAACGAGGAGAAGGACUCGGCCUUCCGUGGGAUCUGCAUGAUGAUAGGCGUCAACCCUGGGGGCGUCGUGCAGGACUUUAUUUUCUUCUGCGACGCUGUAGCCUCCUGGGUGAGCCCGAAGGAUGACCUUCGGGACAUGUUUUAUAAGAUCCUCCAUGGCUUCAAAGACCAAGUGGGGGAGGAAAACUGGCAGCAGUUCUCGGAGCAGUUCCCGCCACUGCUGAAGGAGAGGCUAGCCGCCUUCUACGGGGUCUAGACGAGCAUCGCGACUGCCAGGUUUCUGUCUGCGUCGUCGUCAGAGGGGUUGCUGGGGAGCGUGCUGCGUCCAGAAGUCGCUGUGCCCUGGUCGAGGGGGGUUAGGGAGGAGUUAGCGGGACCCAAAUCCAGACGCCUUCCCUGUCCAUCUACCUGCCAUGGCUGGCCGGAGGUUGGUCAGAGGGUGGGCAGGUGGGUGGGGCCUCCACGCUCAUCCUAGAAAUGGGAGGGGGGUGGGACUUCCUGGCAGCAAGGACCCCUUGCUCUAAUUGGGGUCACCUCAGGCAGCCUACUUGGGCCAGCCAUGUGGGAGGGAGGCAUCAACACGGCCGACCAAAUCCGGCUUAGGAUGAGGCAAGGGAAAAGCAGGCGGGGAGGGGGGUCCUUGUAGAGAUACGUACACUCACACGUACACACAUGGUUACACGCAUGUGCGGGUGCUGUUGCCAGCCAGGCUGGGCCAGCCGCCCCACCAUUUCCCCGACUGCAUGGAGACAGUAGAAUUAGUGAACCCCUGAGUUAACUCGUAAGGCCUUCCGUGUAACCUGCAUCUAGAGUUUAAGAAGCUUCUGCUGUUUUGCCGGAAUUGGCAGUGAUUAGGGAGGGCUGGGUGGGUUGGGGACCUCCACUGGGACCCUGGGGCGGGGGUGGGGGGAAGAGGAUGGCCACCUUGGGGCCACUCAGUCAGCACGCGCACGCUUUGGACCUGCUCCGCACACUUCUUGCCAGCUCUGUGGCAGCCUCAGCCAGUGUGUCCCCCUUCCUUCUCCCAUACCAGCCAGAAAAGUUGGGACCACCAAAGUGGCCAGGGCUGGCCAGAGGUCACCUUUUUCUCCCUCCCCUGUGCCCCAGUGACUUACGAAGAUGCUGGGCUGGAUGGAACCUUUUCCACUGAAGAGAGCUGGGAGCAGCCAGAGCUGCUGACACCUUCCCCCCGCUAUAAGCAAGUCCGUUUCAAAGGCAGUUCAUUUCUCUGCUUCCAAGAGCACUCUUUCAGGCCUGAGUUUUAACACAAGGGCCAGGGCUAGGGCAUUUAAUUGAUGGUGACAGAAGACAAAGGUUUAGGCUUUGCCAGCCAGAAAGAAAGUGAAGACUUGGAGGAAGGGAAGGGUGGUAUACUCCCUUACCCCCUUCUGGCCCUGGGACUUCUGAUCACAGUUCCCAGCAGGCCCUAAGACCCCACCAGACUAGGGCAGUGAAACUUGUGGGAUUGUUUGGGGAGUCCUUCACAGUGGGAGAGGCUCCCCUAAAGUGGAGGGGUGGUAACUUCCCAUUUGGCCUAGUAACUGAAACCAAGCCUUGCAACCCCUUUACUGGGGUUUUCUUUUCUCUUUUCCCUGCUUUCUAUUUCUUUGGGGGCCUCUCUGCAAUUUGCAAUUUGCUGGGGUGGGGGUUGACUGGAUUCCUGCAUUCUGGGGCCUGCUCCAUCCAUCCCUCUGGGGCCCCGGCAGAGGGCCACUGGUGCACAUUCCAUAAACCCAGCUGGUUCCCCGCUGUGAAACUCCAGCAGGUCUCUGGAAGCCAUUUGUAAAAAAAGAAAAGAAAAAAAAAGUAACCAUUUAGUUUUCUGGUAAUUCCAGUGCUUUGGAGCAUCCUCUGCUGGGUCUUGGGGUGUGUGGAUUGGCUGCCUGAUGGGAUUGGUAACCCCUUCUCCAUCCAAGAUGGGGGGCCUGUUUCUAGUUCUUCUUCUUCUUCUUCUUUUUUUUUUAAAGAAAACUAUUUAAUUUUUUAAUUUAUUUUGGUUGAUUUUUGCACAACGAAGUUUCAGCUUCUCAACCUUUUUCCCCUGCCCAGGGCUGCAGACCUUGACUGGCCUCGAUCUGCAGUCCCUCUCGUUCCCACAUCCCCUCCUUCCCCUCAUCCUUUUCUUCCUGCGGGCUCCAGGGUCUGUCCAUUUGUUACUGUGCUGUGCUGGGGACUGGCGCCAAGGUGGCGUGAGAUUCCACUUGUGUAGAACUUUGUUGAGUAAAGAUCAGUUUCUUGUGAAA